AAGAAGAAGAUAGAAGUAAAUUACACAAACUUGCUUUUAUGAUAAUAUAAUAAUAAAUGAUAAUAACAUUAAAUCAUUAGAGCGAAAAGAUUAACAAAAGAACAAUAAGUAAUAUUAAUAUUAAUAUUAAUAAUAAUAAUAGUAAUAGAUUGACUAAAGCGCAGGAGAUGGCAUCAUCAACGAUAGCUGUUCCUUCGGGAACAGUAUCAAUAUCGACAUCAGUUGUCGGUAUUACUGGAAAGGAUGAACUUGAUGGUGGGGAUUUGUUAAGCGAAGUUAGAAACAUCAACAAUGUUACUGGUUACAACAAUAGUAGCAGCUCAGGUGAUGCAUUAGAAGAGAUGACUUGUAACAAUGGUAAAAUAGAAGAUCAACAAUGCACCUUGUGUUCGAGCAAAUUGUGCUCGCCACGUGUAUUAUCCUGUCUUCAUGUAUUCUGCGAAGGAUGUUUAGAUAAACUACUCAUAAAUGGAGCUGGAGAUUCUAAAGUAGAAUCUGUAUUAAAAUGUCCCGUAUGUUAUCAAGAAACUUCCGUCAGUUCCAAAGGCGCUGCAUCUCUAACUUGUGAUUAUGUAUUAACAAAUAUACUCGACAUGUUUGCCAUUGAAAAUAUGGCAGUUUUAUGUACCUCAUGCAAGGCUAAAGAAAACGCUGUUGCGCGUUGCUCAGAUUGUGCCAAUUUUCUCUGUCCUAAUUGUAAUACGGCACAUCAGUUUAUGCGCUGUUUCGAAAGUCACAAAGUCAUCGCCUUUGAGGAUUUGAAAAAAUCUAAGGAAACUAUUCCUAUACAUAAACCUAUUUUUUGUGAAUAUCAUCCUACUGAAAAUAUGAAAUUUUAUUGCUACACAUGUCAGGAACCAAUCUGUAAUGAAUGUCUUCUUAUCGAGCACAAAGCACCGGAUCAUCAAUAUGAAAGAUUAGCUGAUGCUGAACCACGCGAAAAGGAAGAAUUAUUGAGUUUAAUGUCAGAAAGUAAAACCAAAAUAAAAGAUUGCGAUCAAGUUACAACGCAAUUAGAAAAUGCACUUAGUGAAUUGCAAAUACAACGUGAUCAAGCUAAAGAUUUAAUAAUGGAAACUUUUCAAAGUUACAAAGCUAUUUUAGAGAAAUGUCGAGAUAAUGCAUUGGAUGAGCUUGAUAAAUUACACUCAGAAAGAGAACUUGAAAUAAUGGAUAGUUUCCAUAAUGUCGCGAAAGUUGCUGAAAAAAUAGACGACGCAUGCCGUUUUACAUCUAGACUUUUGGAUCAUGGAGAUACUGUGGAAAUAUUAGCUCUUCGUCGUAUCGUAGGGACACAACUAAUAAAUUUAAUUAAAAGUACCCCAAGUCCUCACAUUACAUUUUGUAUAGAGUUCCAGACAGAUUAUGGUCAUUUUGAAAAAACUAUUACGGAGGCGUUCGGUAAAUUUCAUACAGAAAGUACACCAAUAACCAAAAUUCUUCCAGAAAUGAAACCAACCAUACAAGGUAUAUCCUCUAAUCAGCAAAUCAUUCACACUUCAAUAAGUUGUCCUAGUACGAUCAGUACAAGUUCUCCCAUUUCAAUUCCUGCCUCGAUGCAAUCCUCAUUCGAAGGUGAACCUUCAUUUAUUAUUCCACCUACAACUAGUCCUCAAAGUAUUCCACCUCCCCCACCACCUGUUUCUCUUCCACCAGGCCCCAUUCAUGGAUUGACUAGUAUUCAAGAAUAUAAUUUACAACAACUAGUUAGUUUAGCGGAAAAAGAAAUUGUUAAUGACACUCGUGUUAUUGGACCCAGCUCUAAUUCGAGUCCAACUCCUUCCUUUACACUAGUCGAUUUAUUUGCUGGCGAUUUAAACUCUACCAAUCAUGCUAUCAACAAUUUACAAGCUCUUGCUAAAUUAGGAAAUACUCUUGGCAGUCAAGAUUUAGGGAGUGCAACAAUUAAUGGUACCGGAGGUCUAGUACUCGGGCGUGUACCUUCCCCUGGUAUUAUUGAUGCACCUAAUUUGAACACUUUAACUGCCAACAGUCUUAUGAAUGGUGGUUUCCAAUCUCUUUCAUCCUCCACUUCUCCUGUACUCUCACAGGCUGCUGAUGAACUUAUCAAUGAUACGAUACAUAAUAUACCUGUAGUAGUAAGUAAUCCGGUUGCCAAUGUACCUAGUGCAGGAAGUGGAAACUAUGCCCAUCUUCGUACUAACAAUACUAAAUUAACACCAAUGCAAAUUCGAAGUAAAUUUGGUCAAUUGGGUCCCAGUAAAGGACAAUUUAAUUCACCACAUGGAUUUUGUUUGGGUUCCGACGAAGAUAUUAUUGUUGCUGAUACUAAUAAUCACAGAAUACAGGUUUUUGAGAAGACUGGUACUUUCAAAUUUCAAUUUGGUGUACCUGGUAAAGAAGAGGGUCAAUUGUGGUAUCCAAGAAAAGUAGCAGUUAUGCGUAAUAGUGGAAAAUUUGUAGUAUGCGAUCGUGGAAAUGAACGAUCUAGGAUGCAGAUAUUUACUAGAAACGGUCAUUUUAUUAAAAAAAUAGCCAUUCGUUACAUCGACAUUGUAGCUGGUUUAGCUGUUACAAGUCAGGGUCAGAUUGUAGCAGUUGACAGUGUGUCACCUACUGUAUUUGUCAUCAGUGAUACGGGUGCCCUUCUUAGAUGGUUCGACUGCAGUGAUUAUAUGAGAGAACCAAGUGAUAUUGCUAUCAGUGGAAAAGAAUAUUUUGUUUGUGAUUUUAAAGGACAUUGCGUUGUUGUAUUUAACGAGGAAGGAAAAUUUUUGCGUCGCAUUGGCUGUGAGAGUAUAACUAAUUUUCCAAACGGAAUUGAUAUUAGCGAUGCUGGAGAUGUUUUAAUUGGUGAUUCACAUGGUAAUCGAUUCCACGUGGCUGUCUUUUCGAGGGAUGGUUCAUUAAUUUCUGAAUUUGAGUGCCCAUACGUUAAGGUAUCUCGAUGUUGUGGCCUGAAAAUAACUUCAGAAGGAUACAUAGUAACGCUGGCUAAAAACAAUCAUCACGUUCUUGUGUUGAACACUCUUUACAUAGUAUGAAGUGAGAAAAGGAUGAUGAUAAUAAUAAUAAUAACAAUAUCACUAACAUUUCUUCAACAUCGGAGCAUCAUCUAUUUGGAAGUGCUCUAUUUUCAACGAAGGAUAAGGAUUUAAAAAAAAAAAAAAAAAGAAAA